AUGGAAAAUGAUCAAAAUAAUAAGAAACAACAAUUAUCUGGUCUUAUACCAUCAAAACAAUUUCAAAAAUUUAUAUAUAAUGUCUUCAGUUUUAAUUUAUUAUCCGAAGGACUUGAUUCAUUAAAAUAUUCAAAUAUAUUACCUUUUAUUAUUUAUUUAAAAUGUCCAUCAGCAAUUGAAAAAUUACGAGAAUAUUUUUAUGUUAAUAAUCAACAAUGGAUAGAAAUUGAAGAAAAAUCUCGUUUUAUUGAACAGAAUUAUGCACAUUUAUCUGAUAAAAUUAUUUAUUUAAAUGAUUCAUUUGGUUAUAUUUUUUCUCAACUGAAAUUUUUAGUUAAAGAUGUACAAACUAACCCUAUGUGGGCUAAUCAAUGUUGGUUUUCUCCUAGAGAACGUUUUUAA